AUGGAGAGAUCAAUGGAUUCAGCGAUUCACAAGCAUCCAUUAUACCAUUCAUCAAGGUUUAUAAAUGGUCGUUGUCGCGGUUGCAAACAAAUCUCUCCCAUACAUGGUGGCUACCGCUGCAAUGAUUCUGACUGUAACCAUAUUUGGUAUCACAAAGAAUGUGCCGAGUCAUUACCAGAGAUUAAUCACCCUUCCCAUUCCGAGCAUCCGCUCUGCUUAUUCGACUACAGGGGAAGCGGUACGUGUGCCUUUUGUGGAGCUUUCUUGUUUGGUCUUACCUAUCACUGUUCUAUAUGCGACUAUCAUAUGGAUAUAGCUUGUGCUAGAAAGCUACUACCUCCACUUGUUGCUAUUGAACAUCCCAAAUGCCACAACCAUUCACUUGUUCUCUUGGAGAAACAAGUGAAGAAAUACCCUUGUGGAGUUUGCAAGAAAACAGUUUUUGGUAAGUAUCCUUAUGUUUGUCUUGAGUGCGAUGUGUAUUUCCACGUUGACUGCAUAAAUAUAUCGCGAGAGGUCAACCAUCCUUGUCAUCCUGUUCAUACUCUCGAGCUUUUCAAAACUGAGUUGCUACCUGAUGAUGCUCAAAAGACUUGUCUUCUGUGUGGUGAAGGAUCAGAUCAUUUGAUUUAUCAUUGUUCCAUUUGCAACUUCAGCAUCUGCGUUUAUUGUGCGGUGAAUCCUCCACCGCUUGCUAUAGAACAUCUUAAGACUCACAACCAUAUGCUAACUCUCUUGCCUAGACGAGUCGAGUUUAUUUGCAAUGCGUGUGGCAUGAAAGGCGAUAGAUGUCCUUAUAUUUGUCUUGAAUGUGGUUACUUAAUCCAUCGGGAAUGCAUUGAUUUACCUCGUGUCAUUAACAUCAAUCGUCAUGAUCAUCGCAUCUCUCUCACUCGUCAUCUUGGUCCUCAGUAUUCCAAAUGUGGAGUUUGUCGCCAAAAUGUUAAUAGAUACUACGGAGGUUAUUCUUGCUCUCUUUGCCCCAACUAUACCGUUCAUCCACAAUGUGCAAUGAGAGACGAUGUAUGGGAUGGAAUAGAACUCGAAGGGACACCGGGAGAUACUGAUGAAGAUGUUGCGCCAUUUCAGGUGGUUGAUGACAACACGAUAAGACAUUUCAGCCAUGAAAAACAUAAUUUGAUGCUCAACAAGAAUGAUGUAAUCACUCAUUAUGAUGAAAUCACACGUUGUCAAGCAUGUGUCCUUCCUCUACUGUCUGAUCCUAGCUACAGUUGUGGGCAAUGCAAUUAUGUUCUUCAUGAAACAUGUGCGAAUCUCCCUCGAAAGAAGAGACAUGUGUUCAACAACAAACCAUUUACGCUACACAUAGGAGAUAAAGAUUCUUCCAAGAACUGGUUUGAGUGUGAUGCUUGUAGAACAGUCUCCAAUGGGUUUAGGUACGUUUCUGGUGAUUGGAUUCUAGAUGUGCGUUGCGGUUCGAUAUCAGAACCAUUGCUCCAUGAUGGUCACUCACAUCCGUUGUAUUACUACAAAAAGCAAGGCAAGUCUUGCAGUUCGUGUCACAACAAGAUGGUGAAACCUAGAGUACUAUGUUGUGAUACUUGUGACUUUGAUUUGGAUUUCUACUGUGCUAAUUUACCUAAAACGGUAAAACAUAGUUGCGACGAGCAUCCUCUUUCUCUAUGCCACGGCGAGAAUGAUGUGAUUCAGCAUAACAAAUAUUGGUGUGACAUAUGCGAAACAGAAACAGAUCCAAAGAAAUGGUUCUACACUUGUUAUGAUUGUGGGGAGGCAACAUAAAUGUUGAUGGAUGUGAGUAUGUAGUGGUUUCUAACAGCAAGAGUUCUAGACCGUUCUGCGACCAAUGCCAUUCUCGAUGU